AACUGUACUAUUAUAAAACCCCACUUAUCAAUCAUUUUGUUUCCGUUUACACUUACCAGCCCAUUCUCAACCACAGAUUUUGAAGAAAGAAGAUCACAAGCAAAAGAGAGGAAAAUGGAGCAGUUUUUAUAUGACCAAGCCGUUGCUCCUGUUGUGAAAUUAAUUACACGUCAUAUCACGAAACACCUAGGAUAUGUGUUUUGCUCUACAAAACAUGUUACGGGCAUGAAAGCUAAAUUGGAAGAUUUGGUGGCUAAAAGCACUGAUGUUAUAAACCGCAAGAACAGAAAUGAAAUAAAUGAUAAGGAGAUACCUGCUCGUGUAGAGCCUUGGUUGGGAGAGGUUGAGAAGGUCAAGGAUAAAGUCCAAAGCAUCCCAAAUGAUGACAUUGGAUGUAUACACAUGAUUAAUAGGUACCGAGCCGGAAGAAAGGCUUCCGAGGCUACUAUGAGAAUCCAAGAACUUAUUUCAGAAAAUUCUGAGUUUGCUUGGACCGAUGCCCCAUUGGCUACUGGAAGAGCCACAUCCUCCACCACUUCUACACCGUUAUCAUCGUUACCGGGUGGAGAUGACUUCAAGUCCAGAGACGUGCCGUUCAACAAUGCAUUGAAGCUCCUUGAACAAGACGAUAACAAUAGUCAAGUGAUAGCCUUGUGUGGAAUGGGUGGUGUAGGAAAAACCACCAUGAUGGAACAACUUAAAAAAGUUGCAGAAGACAAGAAGAUGUUUGAUUUCUUUGUGAAAGUUACUCUUGGGAGAAAUCCUAACAUGCUUUCUAUUCAGAAUGAUAUAGCCAUAUGCAUAGGAGGUGAAGAUAUACGUCAAGCGACUGUAAAGGCAGAUAGACUUCGUAGAAAAUUUGAAAUAAUGUUACAAGACGGUAAAAAAAAGAUUCUAGUUAUAUUAGAUGAUGUGUGGGAGAAGGUUGACAUCAAGGAUAUUGGACUAACAAGUCCUUUACCGAAAGGGGUCAAGUUGUUGUUGACAUCAAGAUACUCAAAUAUUUGCACACAAAUUGCGGCUGAUGCUUUUACCCUUCCUCAAGUAGUCCAAGUCAAUGUGUUGUCAGAUGAGGAAGCACAAAAGUUCUUUUCUGAAUAUACUGGAGUUUCUAAAGAACAUGAUCAAAGUCUGUUUCAAAUAGGAUGCGAUAUUGUCAAAAAAUGUGGUAAUUUGCCACUUGCCAUCAAGAUCAUUGGCACAACCCUUAAAUCUCAAGAAAAUUAUGUGUGGAGGGAUACACUUAACCGUCUAAAGAAUCAUGAUCUUGAUGAUAAUGUUCAAGAAAUGAUCAGAAUUAGCUAUGAGUAUAUAAAAAAAGAUGAGGAUAAAGAGAUUUUUCUGCAUUGUGGCUUGUUUCCCGAGGACUCUGAUAUUCAAAUAGAGGAUCUGGUUAGACAUGGAUGGGGCCUAAAGUUGUUUAAAAAUGUUUCCACUUUGAGUGAGGCUCGAGACAGGACAAAUACAUGUGUGCGCAAUCUCGUAAACGCUAAUUUGUUGAUGGACAGUGAACGGCUUGGAUGUGUUAAAUUGCACGAUCUUGUACUUGCUUUUGUGUUAGCAAGAGUUUCCGAAGGUGAUUUUGCUUGGAUUGUAAACCAUGGCGAUGUGUCCACGUGGGGUAGAGACGAAAUGAAUGAAUCUUGCAUAAGAAUUUCAUUAACAUGCAUGGGUAUGUCGGAGUUUCCGCGAGACUUCAAGUACCCAGACCUCUCUUUUAUACAACUUAUGGACGGGGAUCAGUCGCUCAAGUUUCCGGAAGAUUUUUAUGCAAGUAUGGAAAAUCUCAAAGUCAUUGCAUUUUUAUGAAGUAUAUGAGUCAUCUUGAAGAUUUUGUUCCAGUCAAUCCUUAUGAUCAAAGCUUUUUUUUGUAUCUAAGAGACUUUGAGGUUGAUGAUUGUGAUAAGUUGAAAUACCUCUUCCCAACACAUGUGACACGUGGUUUGAGGAAACUUGAACGCCUCACAAUUUGGUCAUGCUCUGUUUUGGAAGCACUGGUGCAUGAUUACAAUGGCGAGAUAAAUGGUAAAGGAGAGAUGAUCAUUUUUGAGGAGCUAAAGUAUUUAUCUUUACGUGGCUUACCAAAGCUUGUACGUUUGUUCCCGGUUGACAGUGUGGUUGAGCUACCGCAACUGGUUGAACUAGCAUUUAUCCUGACAAUAAAAAUACUUCUCCAUGGCAACACACACUCUUUAAUAGUCAGGUUAGAAUUUUCGAGUUGAAAAAGGUAGAAAUUAGAUACAUGAAGAAUCUGAAGUGGAUAUGGCCGAGUAGUAGUGAGGAGGAAUUUGAAAAUAUUCCCAUGUUAAAAAACAUUUGGGUGGAAAAUUGUUAUGGGCUUGAGAAUCUAUUUCCAACCAAUCCAAUGCGAUUAUUGAAACAUCUAGAACAAAUAACAAUUUCAGAGUGUUCUUCCCUUCGAGAGAUAUUCAACAUAGACUUGGAAUGGAAUGUUUUGGUGAAGUUGAACAAGUUAUCAACAUCAGCUUGCGUUACAUUUUUGUGCGUCUUUUUAAUGAAGAAGAGGAGUGUCACGUGUGGAGUAUAAAAGGUGGUGAAAGAAACUCAAGUUUUCAUGACUUUGAUACAACGGGAUGGGUGAGAAAACCAUAUGGUUCAAAUACUAUAUAUGAAAAAACUUCGCACCAAUCGAGUCCAAAUUUGAUUCGGUUAAGAAGAGGAAGAGGCAAUUUGGGUGAAGCAUCGAGUGGUCAAGCCGGGGCGGACACGCGCUUGAAAGGAAGGCUUUAAGGUGAUAGCUAUGAUGUUACGGAUGAAGAUUAAGCAUAACGAAGAAUCGAACACAACCGAAGAUCAAGCUUCCGCUUUUUGUUUAGUUGUUUUACGAACCGAACAACGUUAACAUGUUGAAGUGUUUUAAGUACUUAUGAAGUUUUUUUUUAUCAAACCUGAAAUUUUGUUUGGACGUUUAUUUGCAUUACUUGUAUAUAAAUGCAACACUUUUAUAUAAA